CCUCCUCCUUCUUCUUCUUCUCCUCCUCCCGCCGGCCCCCCCGGCCGCCUUCUCCCGGGAGCCCGCCGCCCGACGGAUGGCUCCAUGAAGCGGGGCGAGGCGGCGGCAUCGGGAUCGGGAUCGGGAUCGGGAUCGGCCCCGCGCCAGGACCGGCCCCGGCCCCCCCGGCCGCUUCCCGGACGGCAGGAGAGGUACAGGAGGCGGGAAUGGGAUUGGAAAAAAGAAAAUUCAUUCCAGAUGCAGAGUAGCUCCCUUCCUCUGCUGUAGCUGCUCCCCUGGCAAUUCCAAACUUCGGCUUUUAGGUUCCGCUGCGUUCCAGGCCUCCAGCACUGAAUCAGGAUGGGAAAAAGACGGUGCGUUCCUCCACUCGAGCCCAAGUUGGCGGCCGGCUGUUGCGGGGUAAAGAAGCCCAAACUGUCUGGAAGCGGAACACACGGUCACGGGAACCAGUCCACCACCGUGCCAGGUUCGAGUUCGGGCCCUCUUCAGAACCACCAGCAUGCAGAUGGGAGCAACGGAAGGGAGAAUGUGUCUGACUUAACUCUGGGGCCCGGAAAUUCCCCAAUUACUCGAAUGAAUCCCACCUCGGGAGCUUUGAGCCCACUUACCCGGCCCAAUGGAACUGCCAACACUACCAAGAACCUGGUGGUGACAGCGGAGAUGUGCUGUUACUGCUUCGAUGUCCUCUACUGUCACCUCUAUGGCUUCCCUCAGCCCCGACUUCCUAGAUUCACCAACGACCCCUAUCCACUCUUCGUGACAUGGAAGACGGGGAGAGACAAGCGGCUCCGUGGCUGCAUUGGAACCUUCUCAGCCAUGAAUCUUCACUCAGGACUCAGGGAAUACACAUUAACCAGUGCACUUAAGGACAGCCGAUUUCCCCCCCUGACCCGCGAGGAGCUGCCUAAACUUUUCUGCUCUGUCUCCCUCCUUACUAACUUUGAGGAUGCCAGUGAUUAUCUGGACUGGGAGGUGGGGAUCCAUGGGAUCCGAAUCGAGUUCAUCAACGAGAAGGGUGUCAAGCGAACGGCCACGUAUUUACCUGAGGUAGCUAAGGAACAAGACUGGGAUCAGAUCCAGACGAUAGAUUCCUUGCUCAGGAAAGGUGGCUUUAAGGCUCCGAUUACCAGUGAAUUUAGGAAAACAAUUAAACUCACCAGGUACCGCAGCGAGAAGGUGACAAUCAGUUACGCGGAAUACAUUGCUUCUCGUCAACAGUGUUUCCAGAACGGCACUCUUCAUGCCCCGCCCCUUUACAAUCAUUACUCCUGACACACGGCUGCAUGACCAGUCCCACCCGGCCGUGGCCGCCAACGGCUAUGACAUCAUCGGAGCAGACGCCUCCUCUUCCUGGUCCAGUUACUUCUAUUACUGCACCAUUUUAUGAUGCUAGCUUCCGUUGCCGAGUCUGCCUUCCAACCGACCGAGGCGGGGGAGAGCGCAGCGAGCGAGACCGUUCCUCGGGGGCCCCGGGCCUUAUCUCCGCCUUCCCUCAGAGUGGGGGUUCAGUUGGAUUGGGGCUCCCUGACCGGGCGUGACAGCGUGAGGUGCGGAAGACCCCCCGGCGUGCGGGCGCCGCUUCGGACGGCCCCGUCCCGGGUGUCCGCCGCGCGCCGGAAACGGGACCGUGGAGGGUGCGAGAGGAUCGCGUCGUCCCGCCGCCCGCCCGUCCUCCUCCGCCCCCCCGCCCCCCACCCCUCCCCGCUCUCCCCAGAUCAAGUAGGCGAUUUCCCCUGGCAGUCUGGGCAACGGAGUCCAACGAGAAACACUUUUAGGUUAUUUUAAAUUCCCCGUUUUUUUAAAGCUCCGGUUUGGCGCGUCCUACGGGCCGAUCACCGUCCCCGGGCCUCCCGAGCGGACACGGCACGUCCCCGGGGCUCCCCGUGGGCACCGGGAGCCUCUCCCCCGGCCCCCGGACGGAGACUGCUCCCGACGUCUCCCAGCCCUUCGGAGGGCGUCGCGGAUCUCGGCGCCCGCCGGUGGUCUCGACUCCCUCCCCGCCGACGGCCGGAUCCUCCCGGCGUCCUCCCCGCGGCGGGAUUUCGGCCCCGAGACGGAACUCUGGGGCGCAGCCUGCUAUCGAGUGGAACGGAGUGGCCUGCCGGAGGGCGGGAUGCCAUUGCCGAGUGUGUGUGGGACUUGAGAGGGGCUCGAGUCCCGGCGAGAGAGCGCUACUUCACACUAGGCUACCUCACUCAUACGUCGGUAGCGGUGCCUACGGCCGGAUCCGGGGUCUCGACGUUCGGAGGCCGCGGCCGGGUCGGGGGCUCCGUCGGGGCACGGUCCGCCGGGUGGCUUCCGGGGGCUCGGGGCCGUGGGAUUCGGGCGAGCACCCUAGGGGACCUUGGAGGAGGGCAGUUCCAGUUGCUUUUCCUAGUAUGACCCUGAAACUCCUAAUGGGGAAAUUGUCGCUAUUCCAAUCCAUUGCAGGUCUUCAGAGCAAAGCUCCGGAGUUUAACGGGCGAGUCGUCGAUCUCGUCCGACCUCUUGAGCGUCUUCAUCCCAUCGGGGAAAUUGAAAAACAGAGCAAAAACGACCUUGCUAUCAAACGUUUAUACCAAAUUAUUCAGAUCCUCCCGUGCUUUGGGGUUUCCCUGUCCCAUUUUUGCCGAUUUUUUUUUGCCCAGAUAUCUACUUACGAGUGAGUUUCCUCCCCGGCUCCUGCCGAUUCUUCACUGGCUCCUCCACUGUCCUCGCCAAACGGUGCUGUUACCGUGACCCGUGGACUCGAGCGAAGCUUUGAAAUGGUUGGGAUGUGGCAUCGCUUAGAUGGUUUAGCAAGGGGAAGAGGCGGCCGGUGGGAAAGAAGGAGUCCGCAAAGUGAUUUGUUUGCUGGAUCCCAGCGAUGCCGGUCUGAGGAUUCUGAAACCCAGAUUUAGCAUUCGAUUGAAAAGAUUUUUUUUUUUUUUCCUUUAAA